ACAUGAACACAGAGGCAGAGCAACAGCUUCUCCAUCACGCCAGAAACGGCAACGCUGAAGAAGUGAGGCAGCUGUUAGAAUGCAUGGAGAGGAAGGAAGGAAUGGCUGACAUUAACUGCAAAGGAAGAAGUAAGUCUAAUUUGGGCUGGACACCUCUUCAUCUGGCCUGCUAUUUUGGACACAGACAGGUGGUCCAGGAUCUGUUGAAGGCUGGUGCAGAAGUGAAUGUGUUAAAUGACAUGGGAGACACGCCUCUCCACCGAGCCGCCUUCACGGGACGAAAGGAGUUGGUAAUGCUUCUCUUAGAGUAUAAUGCUGAUUCUACCGUGGUAAAUGGGAAUGGACAGACACCAAAAGAAGCCACUCAUGACAAAGAAAUCAGGAACAUGCUUGAAGCUGUAGAAAGAACUCAACAAAGGAAGCUUGAAGAGUUGCUCUUAGCGGCAGCAAGAGAAGGCAAAAUAGCAGAUCUCACAGCUCUGCUCAACAGGCCCAAUCCUCCUGAUGUUAACUGUGUGGAUCAGUUAGGAAAUACACCCUUGCACUGUGCAGCUUACCGGGCCCAUAAGCAGUGUGCCUUAAAGCUUCUAAAAAAUGGAGCAGACCCUAAUCUGAAGAACAAAAAUGGUCAGAAGCCUCUUGACCUUGCCCAGAGUGCAGAGAUGAAGCGCGUCCUUGUUGGGGAUAAGGUCACCUACAAAGCAUUGAAACGGUAUGAAGGACCUCUCUGGAAGAGUUCAAGAUUUUUUGGCUGGAGAUUAUGUUGGGUAGUAUUAGAACAUGGAGUCCUUUCAUGGUAUAGGAAACAGCCUGAUGCAGUCCAGAAUGUUUAUCGCCAGGGAUGCAAACACCUGACUCAAGCGGUGUGCACGGUGAAGUCCAGUGAUAGCUGCCUCUUCUUUAUUAAAUGCUUUGAUGACACCAUUCAUGGCUUCAGGGUUCCUAAAAAUAGCCUUCAACAAUCACGGGAGAACUGGCUGGAAGCAAUCGAAGAACAUUCUGCGUACAGUACCCACUACUGUUCCCAGGAGCAGGUGACUGAGGACGAAGAGGAAGAUGGAUUGUCUGCUGUAGAGCUGAAGGAAUCCUUGCAGUGUCCAUACUUCUCUUCAUGGGAUGUAGGUCAUGGAGGCGAACCGUGGUACAACAGGCUGUUUGUAUCACCGGAAGCCCUCAGAGGUGUGCCUUCACCAGUCGAGGCCUUUCUAGGGAAAGGCUUCAUCUUUCCCGUGUACCGACCCAUGUAUCCUGGCUGCAGUGGCGCAUUCAUGGCAGUGCCCAGGGAGCCCACUGCUGUGUGUGAAAUCUCACUUACUGUAUUUCCUUUUAUAUUUCUAGACAUGCUUCCAUCAUUUCUUCAGAAAGCUGAAGCUGUCUCUGAAGCUUCUAAAGAAACUUGUAUGGCUUUGAGUGAUUGCCUUAAUCUGUUCACCAAACAAGAAGAGGUGAGGAAUUUAAAAUUGGAACAAGAGCAAGAGAAAAACAAAAUCUUGUCAGAAGCGCUGGAGGCUCUCGCCACUGAGCAUCAUGAAUUAGAGCAGUCUCUGGUCGAAGGAUCCCCGCCUCCCAGCAUCCUCAGCGAGGACGAGUUCUAUGAUGCGCUGUCAGAUUCCGAGUCAGAAAAGUCCCUGAGUCGACUGGAAGCAGUGACAGCCCAGUGCUUUGAAGAAGAGGAAGAAGCGCACGGGAGCAGUAGAAAGCACAGAAUGUCUGAAGGGAAGGAUUGUGGUGGGGGAGAUGCUCUCUCCAAUGGCAUCAAAAAGCACCGAACAAGCUUGCCGUCGCCUAUGUUUUCCAGAAACGACUUCAGUAUCUGGAGCAUCCUCCGAAAAUGUAUUGGAAUGGAACUCUCCAAGAUCACCAUGCCAGUUAUAUUUAAUGAGCCUUUGAGCUUCCUCCAACGACUAACUGAAUAUAUGGAGCACACUUACCUCAUCCACAAGGCCAGCUCAUUUUCUGACCCUGUGGAAAGGAUGCAGUGUGUAGCUGCAUUUGCGGUGUCUGCUGUCGCCUCUCAGUGGGAGCGGACCGGGAAGCCCUUCAACCCACUUCUGGGGGAAACCUACGAAUUAGUUCGAGAUGACCUUGGAUUCAGACUCAUCUCUGAGCAGGUCAGCCAUCACCCCCCAAUCAGUGCAUUUCACGCUGAAGGGUUGAACAAUGAUUUCGUCUUUCAUGGCUCCAUCUAUCCGAAACUGAAGUUCUGGGGGAAGAGUGUAGAAGCAGAGCCGAAAGGGACCAUCACCUUGGAGCUGCUUGAACACAAUGAAGCAUAUACGUGGACAAACCCUACCUGCUGUGUGCACAAUAUCAUUGUGGGCAAACUCUGGAUCGAGCAGUAUGGCAACGUGGAAAUCACAAACCACAAAACUGGCGACAAAUGUGUGCUGAAUUUUAAGCCCUGUGGCCUCUUUGGUAAGGAGUUACACAAAGUUGAAGGCUACAUUCAAGAUAAAAGCAAAAAGAAGCUCUGCGCACUGUACGGGAGGUGGACAGAGUGUCUGUACAGUGUAGACCCGGCCACCUUCGAGGCUUACAAAAAAAAUGAUAAGAAAAACACUGAAGAGAAGAAGAACAGCAAACAGAUGAGCACUUCGGAGGAGUCUGAUGAAAUGCCUAUGCCAGACUCCGAGAGCGUGUUUGUCAUCCCCGGCAGCGUCCUCCUGUGGCGGAUAGCCCCCCGGCCUCCAAACUCUGCCCAGAUGUAUAAUUUCACUAGCUUUGCAAUGGUUCUGAAUGAAGUGGACAAGGAAAUGGAGAGUGUGAUCCCCAAGACUGACUGUAGGUUGCGACCUGACAUCCGGGCCAUGGAGAAUGGAGAAAUAGAUCAAGCUAGUGAAGAGAAAAAGCGGCUUGAGGAAAAACAGAGAGCAGCUCGCAAAAACAGGUCCAAGUCAGAAGAGGACUGGAAGACGAGGUGGUUCCAUCAAGGCCCUAAUCCCUACAGUGGAGCACAAGACUGGAUCUACUCUGGCAGCUACUGGGACAGAAACUACUUCAAUUUGCCUGACAUUUAUUAAAAUGCAGACAGGUCAGGGUGUUUGGCUAAUCUACAAAUCAGUCUUAAACCUAUGUUUUUAAUUUUUAUUCUUCAUUUGUACUCAUCUUUUAAAAGAAUCUGUUCCAGAUAACAUGCAUUUCACCCAACAAGGUAGGGCACACAGUGCUACAGAUGGUGGAAGUCUUAGGAAAAAUGUAUGAUAAUUUUCCUAUCCAGAUAAACUUAUUUGGAAUAUUAUUUUAUAGAGGGGUAAGAAACAGAUGCUUUUUCUGGUUGCUAAAUGUAACUUUAGCUUUCUGGAAUUAUAUAGUAAUCUCAGAUCCACUUAUUUUGGCUAUUUUUAUGCUGUCAUGCUUGAAUGUUUUAGCUAUAACUGUGAUGUUUAGAAUUCUCCUGCACAAUGUUUAUGUGCUCAAAUAUAGAGGCUGUAAUUUUGUAAAGAACUAUAUUGAUGACUUUAAUCAUAUUAAUCAUCUCAAUUUAAUCCCAUCCCUGAUCCCCAAAGAAAAAAAUGCCUAAAUAUUCUGAAUAGGGCUUCCCAAUUUGAAAAUUCUAAAGAAUUAAACUGGAAAAGGUAUUUCAUUUACUUAUGUUAGUGUUCUUUACUUUUACAGUUUUCUGUAUAAUCACUGUCAUUAAAAUGUUUAAACUGUA